AUGUCAUAUCCACAAUUCGGAUAUCCUUACUCGACUGCACCACAGUUCCUCAUGACUACCAACUCUUCUUGCUGCGAGUCAAGCGCCAGAUCUAUUUCGGACGCGGGUAUGACCGCCUCGACGCAGACUCCCGUUUACUGUCCCGUCUAUGAGAGCAGACUGUUAGCCACCGCCAGACACGAACUCAGCUCGGCUGCCGCUUUGGGCGUCUAUGGCAACCCGUACACAAGCAGCCAAGGUUAUGGGAAUUAUGUUGCCUACGGUACCGACGCCUCUGCCUUUUACUCGCUGGGAGCGUUUGACGCCAAGGAUGGGACAGCGUCUGCGCAUGCGGGGUUCACGCAGGCUACAGCUUACUAUCCUUACGAUCCCACACUGGGACAGUACCAGUAUGAAAGAUACGGGGCCAUGGACGGCGGCACCAGGAGGAAAAACGCAACACGUGAGACUACCAGCACUCUGAAAGCGUGGCUCCAGGAACACCGGAAGAACCCCUACCCCACCAAGGGCGAGAAGAUCAUGCUGGCCAUCAUUACGAAAAUGACCCUCACGCAGGUGUCCACAUGGUUCGCCAACGCCAGGAGAAGGCUCAAGAAGGAGAACAAGAUGACGUGGCCGCCGAGGAAUAAGUGCUCCGAUGAGAAGAGAUACGGCGAAGAUGACGAGGGGUCACAAGAGGACCAAAUCAAAAGUGAAACUAACGAAGACGAGAGUGGAAGUCGCGAGGAUAAAGAUCUGCAGCUGAGCGACUUGGACGACUUUGACACAAUCGAGUCAGAGAGUUCCGAGUGUGAGCUAAAGCGUCAGUUCCACCUGAACGCACACAUGACCACCACCGACUGCCCGAGCGACCACCUCAAAGACACCUCUCUGAAGCUGUCAGCCGGAGCCUCAUUGGAAGGGGACGGCGACUUGCCCAAAAACUGCCUGAAAACGGCGACUGAAGAGCACAGUUCCAGCAAUGUACGACAGACCAAAACAUGUUUCCAACAAGACCACCAAAUACUCGACAACAAACCGCGGAUCUGGUCGCUGGCGCAGACUGCCACCUCGUUGAACAGAACAGAGUACUCCUCGUGUAUGCUUCGGUGUCAGUCCGCAUUGCCCUCCUCUCCAGCGACCUCGUCGCCGUUGAACGGCCAAGACAGACAACAGGAUUCGCCGGUCACGACCCUCAGACACUGGGUAGAUGGGGUUUUUCACGACCCCUUGUUUAGACAUAGCACUUUGAACCAAUCACAGACCAACAACACGGUCUCUUGGACCACGACCAAAGGCUCCAUUCUCGAGACCGGAGCGUUGGAACGCUCGGUUGGAAACAGCGCGAUAAAGACACACGCUACCAUUUUGCAGCACCAAGAGUCGAAUAAGGAUAACAUGACUUUCCCCAAAGGGAUGAACAAAAUGUUUUGCUCCUAACCUCUCUUACUCAUAACGGGC